AUGGUCCGCGAGGACCUCGUCAACUCAGCGGUUACGUUCCUCCAAGAUCCCUCAGUAGCUAGCGCUCCCGUAGAGAAGCGCAUUGCCUUUCUCCAGUCCAAGAACCUCACGCAGGAGGAGGUUGAUGCUGCUCUAGCUCGCGCAGGCGGCGAGGGUCCGCCGCCGUCAUCGGCAGUCUCGAGCCCUGCCCCAGGCUAUGGCUACCAACAACCGCCGCCGCCUCCUGGGUAUGGCGCAUAUCCGGGCUACUGGCAGCAACCUCCACCUCCGCCGCCGGUGCCAAAGCGCGACUGGCGAGACUGGUUCAUCAUGGCCACCGUAAUGGGUGGAGUAGGCUACGGCCUCUAUUUCACUGCAAAGCGUUACAUCUACCCUCUAAUAGCACCCCCGACGCCACCCCAGCUCGAGCAGGAUAAGAAGUCGAUUGAUGAGUCGUUCGAGAAAGCAUUCGCCCUUCUGGACCAACUGAAUACAGACACAACCGCUCUCAAGGCCGCCGAGGAAGCAAGGACACAGCGCCUGGACUCAGCGGUCGCGGAAAUGGAGUCGGUCAUGGAUUCUCUCAAGGAAUCUCUGAAGCGGCGCGACGCCGACAGCCGCAGGCUGGAGGAUGACGUGCGGGGGCUGCGGGACCUGAUCCCGAAGGCACUCGAAGCACACAAGGAGGGCACCGACAAUAGAUUGAAGGAUCUUUCGCAGGAACUGAAGAGCCUGAAGACGCUGGUUGGGAACCGCAUGGGGUCCGGCACGCCAAGCACCACGGCGAGACCGACAUCAGGCGCAAAUAUGUGGGGCUCUCCAGCUGCUGGUGUGAAUGGCGGGGGUCCGACUCCUGCGACCCCGGCUGCAGCUUCGUCUGCGCCGGCCGGAGGCUCAACGAAUAACACGAGCGAAACACAGCAACAAGAUGGCAGCAGCUCGUCAGCGGCGACGCCUGCCGCGCAGGCAUCCUCAAGCCCGUACGCCAGGUUCAGCAACGGGCGCGCCGCGAUUCCGGCCUGGCAAAUGGCAGCAGCCAAGAAAAACGACGCAGAGAAGAAGGACACGUCGGAGAGUGGUACCGUCAGCGAAGCGGGUGCUGGGGCAUGA